AUGGGGCGAGGGCAGGAAGUGACAAGCUCACGGAGUGGGUGGGGGGAGUGUGGCCGGCACGCCCGGCAGCGCGGCGCGCAUGCGCUGGGCGGGCAGCCCCGGUGGGGAGGCGACGCGCGGGGCCGGCCUCGGGGGGAGACUGCGGGGCUGGCGGCGCUGAGGACGGCGGGGGAAGCUGGCGGGCCUGGCUGGCGCGCGCCCGUGCGCCCUCCCGCCCGCGACUGCGGAGCGCCUGCCGGAGGCUGCGUGCGCCCGGAGCGUCUGGUGCGAGAAAUUGCUCAGAACUUCAAAACAGACCUGCGCUUCCAGAGGGCAGCUAUUGGUGCUUUGCAGAAGGCAAGUGAGGCCCAUCUGGUUGGCCUUUUUGAAGAUACCAGCCUGUGUGCUAUCCAUGCCAAACGUGUAACAAUUAUGCCAAAAGACAUCCAGCUAGCACACCACACACGCGGAGAACGUGCUUAA